GCUGGUCUUCAGGAUAACUCAGCUCCUUUCUUUGCUGCUUGCAUGUCUGCAUUUUUUUCAAACAUUCUCUGUCUUUGGCAGUGACUAAAAGCACCAAAACAAAAUGAUUCUGACAGUUAAAACUGUUCUGUGGGUCACAUUUGGGUUUUUUUAAUUUUCAAGCUGCAUUUAUUUUCUUUCUCAACAGGAGACAGGUUUAGUUCUCAUCUGAUUUUUCUGGAGCAGGAUCUGGAUCCUUUGUCAUCCACAGCUUUUCCAUCUGUUCCUGAGAGGAACGGCUUCAAGAGGAAAUAAUUCCUGUAAAAGUUUUGUUAGCAGUCUUGGUAUUUGUGAAUGCCCACAGACAACAUGGCUGGUGCUUCAUUCCUGAGUGUCAGUGUGCUAACAAACUAGAUCCUGAGAGCAGCCAGACUGACCCAGGUGAUUUUGGUUAGACACAGGAAAAUGCAUUUGGUCACUCUGUCACUAGUGCACAAGACUUUGGAAGAGGACAUUACUCAUAGGAAGACCUGACAUCCAUAGGCAUUGCUGAGGGAAUGGCUCUGCCACAAAGGAUCCUCUUUCCCCCAGAGGAGAUUUGCAUGGACUGGCAGCAAAGACAGAGACCUGGAGCAGGACUCUGCAACCUGGGCAGUACUUGCUACAUCAAUGUCAUCCUGCAGUGCCUGACAUACACACCACCCUUGGCCAACUACCUGCUCUCUCGUGACCAUAGCCAGUUGUGUCAUCGGCAAGGCUUCUGCAUGAUGUGCAUCAUGGAAGCGCACGUUAGGAAAGUUCUGCGCUCUUCAGCCAAUGUCAUCUGGCCUAGGGCUGUUGUCAGAGACCUCAAGUUCAUAGGAGAAGAAUUUGAGCCUGACAUGGCUGGAGAUGCCUAUGAGUUCUUACGCUGUGCUCUUGAGGCCAUGCAGAGAGCUUGUCUGAGUGGAAGCAGUGGUGUGGACAUCUCUUCUCAAACAACUACCAUCAUCCAUCAAAUAUUUGGGGGCUUUCUGAAAUCCAGAGUCAUAUGCUUGAGAUGCCAAGCAGUUUCUGAUUCCUACAAGGCCUUCCUGCAUGUCCUUUUGGAUAUCAAAGCACCCUCAUCCCUCACCACAGCUCUGGAGGACUUUGUGACACCCAAGAAGCUGGAUGGAAAAUACUGCUUCAAAUGUAGCAAGUGUGAGAAGAGGGUAACUGCCUCCAAGAGGGUUACAGUCCAUUGUGUGCCCAAGGUCUUCACAGUGUGCCUGGAAAGGGCUGCCGACCACACAGGCAAGAAGAUAAGCAAGAUUGUUGAGUAUCCUGAGUACUUGGAUCUUCGGCCAUACAUGUCUGACACAGCUGGAGAACCACUCCUCUACUCCUUAUAUGCUCUUGUUGUGCACAGUGGUGACACCUGUCUUGAUGGACACUUCUUCUGCUACACAAAGGCUAGCAAUGGACUAUGGUACAAGAUGGAUGAUGAGUCUGUGGAUAAUUGUGGCAUCCACACAGUUCUCAGGCAGCAAGCCUAUUUGCUAUUCUAUGCCAGAUGCUCUGAUUUGAAAAUGGGAGGAAUGGUGGCUUCCUCUCUGACACCAUCCUAUGCCCAUCCCUUCCUCAGUCAGUGGCAGGCCAGCAGUGAGCAAGCGGGUUCUGCAGGGACACAUGAUCCACCUGGUAGGACUAUGUCAAUGAACUGCCAGAGGACAAGUGCCAGGAAGAGGAUCCAGAGCAGAUCCCUGCAGUGGGGCAAUGAUCACUGCAGCUGGUUCAUGAACAGCAGUAGCUCCAACAACUCAACAGGAAGGAAGAGAAAGAGAACUAGUCCUCCAGGUCGUGACCAUGCUCUAAAGGAUAGCACAGCUUCAGGGCCCUUCAACAGAAGCUGUUGGCAGGCUCCUGCGCCCAGUGCUACUUGGGUACAACACCUGCCAAGACAGAGAGAGCAAAGCCAGUCCUCACAGCAGGGCUAUGAUCUCUGCAGACGGUUUGUGGAGACCACGGACUACCACCAGUCAGUGAGGAGGAGGAGCUGGUGGAAAAGAAGUCCUCCACACUGUGACCAAAACCUAAAGAAUGACCCACCAGAAGGGUCCUUGAAUGCUAGCUCCAAGAGGGCUAGUGCACCCUGUGCUGCUCAGGAGCAAUGCCUGCCAAGGCAGAGAGAGCAGAGCAGAUCACAAUGGGGCUAUGAUCUCCGCAGACGGUUUGUGGAGAUCACAGACUACCACCAGUCAGCAAAGAGGAGGAGAAAACACUCAUUUGGAACAAGCAAGCAGAAAAGACAAAGCUAG